GUGUUGUAUCCAUCCGCGCGCGCCGGUCGUUUUCCUUCAGCCAAGUAUGAAUACCGCUGUUUCUGAUCGCGUGUAUCCUUCCGCAGAGCCGGUGUGCCUCCGCCGCAGCACGCACAUCUGACGGCCCGCUCUUAACCAGUCAUGGCUGACAUCGACAAACUCAACAUAGACAGCAUCAUUCAGCGCCUGCUCGAGGUGAGAGGCUCGAAGCCUGGCAAGAACGUUCAGCUGCAGGAGAACGAGAUCCGUGGAUUGUGUCUGAAAUCCCGCGAGAUCUUCCUCAGCCAGCCCAUCCUCCUGGAGCUGGAAGCGCCGCUGAAGGUCUGCGGCGAUAUCCACGGGCAGUACUACGACCUGCUCAGGCUCUUCGAGUACGGAGGAUACCCCCCGGAGAGCAACUACCUGUUCCUGGGAGACUAUGUGGACCGAGGGAAGCAGUCUCUGGAGACCAUCUGUCUCCUGCUGGCCUACAAGAUCAAAUACCCGGAGAACUUCUUCCUGUUGAGGGGGAACCAUGAGUGUGCCUCCAUCAACCGCAUCUACGGCUUCUACGAUGAGUGCAGGAGACGCUACAACAUCAAGCUCUGGAAGACGUUCACGGACUGCUUCAACUGUCUGCCCAUCGCCGCCAUCGUGGAUGAGAAGAUCUUCUGCUGUCAUGGAGGUUUGUCUCCGGAUCUGCAGUCCAUGGAGCAGAUCAGAAGGAUCAUGAGACCCACGGAUGUCCCGGACCAGGGCCUCCUGUGUGACCUGCUGUGGUCCGACCCGGACAAGGACGUGCUGGGAUGGGGCGAGAACGACCGAGGCGUGUCCUUCACCUUCGGAGCGGAAGUGGUGGCCAAGUUCCUUCACAAACACGACCUGGAUCUGAUCUGCAGGGCUCACCAGGUGGUGGAGGACGGAUACGAGUUCUUCGCUAAGCGGCAGCUGGUGACCCUGUUCUCCGCACCGAACUACUGCGGAGAGUUUGAUAACGCUGGAGCCAUGAUGAGCGUCGACGAGACCCUCAUGUGCUCCUUCCAGAUUCUGAAGCCAGCCGAGAAGAAGAAACCAAACUCCAGUCGUCCAGUGACUCCGCCCAGGAACACGGUCCCCAAACAGGCCAAGAAAUGAUUCCCGCGGGGCCCGGCUGGACUUGUAUCAUACGCUCUUCAUGUGUCACGGAUCAGGAGUGGCUCUGCGCCGGCUGCACCAUCCACUGCGUCUUUAUCUCGAUUCUUCACGUUGUUUUUCCUCGUUUAUUGUCCCGAGCGGCCGCUCGCAUAUUAGAGGGGAGCGUUUUAAUUUGGUUUGAUUUCAGAGGCAAACAGCCUUUUAUUCCCACUUCAGGACGACGUAUCAGUUUGACACGAGCUCCGCUCCCCGUAACCACGGCAACCUCGCGUAUAAACACAAGGCGGAACGCGGCGUCUGGAUUUUUAAAGCGACACGUUUAAGAUGAUUUGUGCUCCCGAUCUCUCGUUCGAACCACUGUG